AUGUCGCCAACUACACGCUCCUCUCUUUAUGGUUCUAAACCUCCAGAAACCACUGAUGAAACAACCGCUACCAUGGAGGACGAUGAGAUGAUGUCCGACCAGGAUAUGCUCUCGUCCAACGCCGAUGAUGACCUAGAACAAGAUGAUAACGACGAUCACGAUGAACCAGUACUGCAGACUUCCGCACAGGAAUUGUUGCGACCCCUUCAAGAGACUGCAGAUCGAGUAAGUCGACAAGUGGAAGAGUUUGCACAGGCACUGGACAAGUUCAAUUCUUCAAAGAAGGUCGAGGGUCAGGAACUGUGGAGGAAAACAUGGCUCUUAAUGGACAAGUACUCAGAAAUUGCCAAUACCAGUGCGAACCAGGUCAAGCCUCUGUCUGGCAGCAAGCAAGCACAGAAAAAUCGCAAAUCGCUAGAAGGCUCAGUUGCUCAGAAGGAAAGAUUGGUGCUUGAAUCCGAAUUGUGGACAUUGACUGCGCAACUCUUGCCUUGCAAAAGUCCUGACAUGGUCCAGGAUACAGGUUUCAAGCAAAACAGCGCCCUGGCAGAAUUGCAUCGUUAUUCGAGCAACUCCGAAAUUUGGAGUGCUUUCCUCGACGUGGACAUUAUCGCCAACCAAUACGAGAUGUUGCUAGAAUGGCUGCAAGACUGGAAGAAGAGAACAUCAAGCGAGCUGAAGGAUACUGACCUCGACUCUCAUACCAAAUCACAUAGAGGUCAAGGGCUGUGGUCUGGUGGCAACAUUUUUACGCAAGCACCCAUCAAGAGGCGCAAAGUCGAACGAGCACAUGCUGGCCCACUCGAUCUGAACGGAGGACUUCGUGGUCUCCACACCAGAAAGACAGACGAGGCAAUUCUUGUUACCCAUAUGGAUCCAGAUGCUGCAUUACGCCAAAAUGCUAACCUUGAACCCGAGGAUGAAGCCUUCGAGAUCUCCGCGUGGCAUGCCAACUGGGAGCUGCUGCGAAGAGGUAAUACUCUCGAGGACGUCCGAAGCUGGUGGCAAGAGCGAAACGAGCUCUGGCGAUCUCUCGUCCUCCGAAACUCAAGUCCGCGGUCAGACGAGCCCAUCAACAGCACCUGGCUACGGAUCAUCAACCUUGCUUCAAAUCGAGAUUACCUAACUUGUUGCAAGGAACUAAGUGAGCAGGAUAGCUACCAAACAAACUACGAAAAAGCUGUGUAUGGCAUACUAUGCGGUAACUAUGCCGCUGCUGCGCCCGUGUGCAAGAGUCUUGACGACCACUUAUUCUCCCUUGUCAAUGAGCUCUUGAUUGAGAGGUAUGAAGAUUUUAUCGCUGCUUAUACAAAGAAGUUGAAAGAUCCUGGGAUCAAUGCAUACAUGGUUCCGGAAUCCACAAUGGGCGAGAUCUCCAAGUAUUUAGAUUCUGCACAGAACGACAGCACGACAAAGGCAGAAUGCCACCAGCCACUUAAAUACCUGCAAGGCAUGUUGAUGGGUGACGGGCUUGCUACGUUUCUGGUCGAGCUAGGUCAUGCUGCAGCUCAAACGGCACAUUCAACCGGUCAGUCCAACAUACUCUUUGACAAAGACGAAACCCCUGUGAAUAAGUCUGUUCAAGUGGCCGCUCAAGACGAAGACCUCGUUCGUAUGGCAGCACAUCUACAGCUUGCUCUACAACCUCUGGGUGUCCUUGAGGACAGAGAAUCGGACAACGCCAUUGCGCUCGAGAACAACAUCAUCAACUACAUUGCUCUUCUGGAACGCCAUGCAAAGUUCUCACUGCUGCCGCUAUAUGCCUCCAAACUAUCUGCGAAUCGACAACCACGAGUACUGGGUCGGAUCCUGGCCAAAGUCACUGUGCCAAAGGAUAGGGACCUACAGAUGCGUCUGAUGAAACAGUACCACAUUCCGGUAUAUCGUGUCAUCUAUUCCAUCUGCGAUUAUGCAAGACGAACAUGGACUAUGAAGCUUCGAAGCACGGAUAAUAAUCUUAGUCCUGCUCGCAUCACCGAAUACAAGGACAAGAUCGUCAGAAUCAGGUCAGGCUUCCUGGGCGGGGUGAUCGAUGAAGCAGAAGCCUACGUCGUGCAAGCACAUGAAUGGGUGAAUUAUAUCGAUGCUAACAAUUGGGGUAUGGCUGUAUGGCUCAUGACCGCGUUGUUUAAGAUUUUGCUUCUUUCUGGUAAGAUCGCGGCGGCAAAGGAGCUUGCGUACCGGGUCGAUCUGGGCAAGACUUCUCUGAAAGUUACCGGCAUGAAUCUGAGCCUAGUAGCAAUGAUAUUGGAGGCUGGUGAUGUGAGUCUAGAGGAAGACGGGUCCGAUGAGGAGGCCGAACGAGUUGCCAGCCCAUCGAAGCGGCGAAAGGGGUCAAAGUCACAUCCUCUCACCAAAGCGACGACAGACCGAUCAACAUUGACGGAACAGUCGCUGGUCUGGGCUCAUCUGGAACAUCUUGUGCAUGCUCUUGAAAUCCUGGAGACCUGGCAAUAUCAGGCGGACGAAGUCGAGAAUUCACCUCGAGACGAUAGGAACAUUAUGAAAGCUGCCAAAAGAGAGUUGUCCGAAGUUCUGGGUGAUGUUCAUUCGGCAAUGCAGCCUCUUCUCGAAACUGACUUUCUGAACAAACCGAACGAUGAGCAGGAGGACCACGACCUGACUGAGAUUCGCAACCACUACCUGCCAGAAUGCGUUCUAGCAUACAACAGCGCUCUGUUUUUCGGUGGACAUGCCAUCUCUCGAUUUCAUUUGGUGCAAUGUAUGGAGUUGGCUCAGCAUGUGGCGAAGAAUGAUUCCUUGACCAGUGCUUUUGUCGAAAGCAAACGUAUGCAGGAGCUGGUAACGGCGUUUGCCCACGAUAGUCAAGCGUUGUUGAGAGCUAAUGAGCAUGGUAGUGGUGGUAGCCGUGUGCGUAGAGGAAAGCCCUCUGCCGCUGGUGGAGAUUAUGGGGCUCGCGCCGAUAUCUGGCAGGUUACAUGGAGGGACGACUGA